AUGAGAUUCAAGUCAACACGAGCUUCAUCAUCCUCUUCAACAAUAUCUUUUGAAGAAGCCGUCUUUGAAGGUCUAGCGCCAGAUGGUGGACUCUACGUACCCGAUACCAUCCCCCAACUCCCUCUAGCAACCAUCCUAUCAUGGCAUUCACUCCCAUUCGCACACAUUGCCUACAACAUCCUGUCACUCUACAUAUCCAGUGACGAAAUACCCGCUGCCGACCUACGCAAGCUGCUAGAAACCAGUUUUGGAACAUUUAGCCAUCCAGAUGUGGUUCCAUUGGUGGAAUUGCCUGUUGUACAGAACAGGAGGGAUAUGUAUGCAUUGGAAUUGUUUCAUGGACCAACGUUUGCGUUCAAGGAUGUUGCGUUGCAGGUGCUGGGGAAUUUGUUUGAGUAUUUUCUGGUUAGGCAGGCUGCUAAAGGUGGUAAAUCUAGUGGGAAUAGUAAAAAGUCAACCCCACCACAUAUAACUGUAGUAGGAGCCACGUCAGGAGAUACAGGAGGAGCAGCCAUCUAUGGUCUACGAGGCAAGAAAGCAGUCGAAGUCAUCAUCCUGCAUCCACACAACCGAGUAUCGCCAAUCCAAGAACUGCAAAUGACGACAGUACAAGACGCCAACGUCCACAACGUGGCUGUAGAAGGAACGUUCGACGACUGUCAAGAAAUCGUAAAAAACUUGUUCGGUGACUUGGAAUUCAAGGAAAAGUAUCAUCUGGCAGCUAUAAACAGUAUCAAUGCCGCUCGUAUAUUGGCGCAAAUCAUCUACUACUUUACUUCGUACUUGGCACUCGUGAAACGAACAGGAGUCAUUAUUGAUUCGAAUGGUAAAGUCGUAAAGGGUGAACUGCCUAAAGUGCAGUAUAGUGUGCCUACCGGAAACUUUGGUGAUAUCUUGGCUGGAUAUUAUGCUUUGAGAAUGGGAUUGCCUAUACAUAGAUUGAUUAUAGCUACUAAUGAAAACGAUAUAUUGACGAGAUUCUUCGAGUCUGGGUCUUAUGCCAGGAAUGCUCCAUCCGAUAGUAAUAGUAGUAAUAGUGCAUCAUCAGAAGUCAGACAAACACUAUCACCAGCCAUGGACAUCCUAGUCAGCUCAAACUUUGAACGUCUGCUAUGGUAUCUAGCUCGUGGUGACGAAGCCAGCAACACUACAUCGUCCCGUGUCUCUGCAACCGAUGAUACCAGAGCAUCAAGCAAAGUAGCAGGAUGGAUGAAUGAAUUGAAAUCUCAAGGCCACUUCUCUGUCUCGUCGAGUGAAUUAAGUCUCGGUAAAAAGACAUUUGAUGCCGUCCGAGCAUCGAAUCCUCAAACAGCUGCUACCAUCAGAGCAUACAAUGAAGCUGGAUACCUGCUGGAUCCGCAUUCCGCUGUUGGCGUACAUGCUGCUCAUCAAAUCAAUCCGUCUAGUGGUACUGGUAGAGUGUAUACUGUAUGUCUAGCACCUGCUCAUCCAGGUAAAUUCCCUGAAACGGUAGAAGAGGCCAUCAAUACUAGUAGCAGUAAUAAGAAGGUGUCGUUUGAGACAUUUGCACCACAGCCGCUUAAAGAUUUACGUGGAAAGACGAAACGAGUUGUGGUGAUCAAGACUGGUGGGUUGGGGAAAGUUGCUGUGGCAUCGGGAACACCGCAGAUAAAGGCUUUGGUAGAACGCAUUGGGAAGCUUCAAAACAGUGGUAAACUAUAG